UUUAUGAGGAAACGGGUGUUAGGAAUCUGUAGCUGAAGGUACUUGGGGGGGCAGGAAUCCUGCCUAUAAAUACUACCUGAAGAAGCCUUGGUCCCUGCGGGAGCCCAGGAGAUGCCUUGUGGUAACCCCUGAAUUCCUUCUGGUGUGGCUCCUCCAUGCAGAGGGACCUGAGGAAGCCAGCAGGCUGACCCACAGACCUCUAAUGGUCGGGGACCUCCUGCACGGGACCGGGCACUGUGCCACUCCGCGUGCUAAGGAGGUUUCUUUCAUCUCAUGCCAUUCUGAUAAUCCUCAUCAAUCUCUUCAGUGCUGUGCUUUGAUGACUGGAACACCGAGCUCCCCUGCGAUCAGUUUUGCACCUCGUGCUGCAGCGGGUGGCCGUGCAGGAGCCAAGCCAGUGGCACCACCUCUGGGCCUGCCGGGCGAGCUCGGGCAGCAGCGGAUCAGCCCCCCCUUCCCGCAGCCCAGGCCUUUAGAGCGAGCGCAGAGCAGCAACCUCUUGGUGCUGGUUCCUCGCAGCGUCCCCCCGCUGACGGAGGCGGCGGCCAGGAGAGCCCUGCUGCGCUUCGUGGCUGCCAGGCGCUGCUACGGGAGCAGAGCGGCGGCGGAGCUGGUCAUCCGGGAGCUGCGCCCGCGCGUCACCUACCGGUAUCGACUGGAGACUUUCAGUGAAUCGCGGUUAAGCGAGUGGGCAUUUGAGCCCUUCACCAAGCUUGGAGCAUCCAGACCCCCUGGGGACACCCCCCCAGACCUCUGGGACGUGGAGGUCGGGGUCCCCCCGCUCUUCCAGGGCCAGACACGGCGCUGCCGGGUGCCUCGCUCCGCGCUGGUCAGGGAGUGUCACAGAUGCCACGGCCGUGGCCGAUCGCAGUGCGGCGCGUGCCACGGUUCGGGCCGGGCGAGGUGCGUGACGUGCAGGGGGUCCCGGCGGAGGCUGAAGCAGCAGAAGAGGUGCCAGCCCUGCUCCGGCACGGGCCGCAGCAGGUGCAGUGCCUGCUCCGGCCGGGGCAGCAAGACGUGCACGACGUGCCAGGGAGAGAAAAAGCUCCGGCACUUCAGGCAGCUGGUGAUAACCUGGAGGAACAACGUUUUUGAAUUUGUUUCUGAGCAUCACCCGAACUUCCCAGGGGAGCUGCUCAGCAAAGUCAGCGGCGAGAAUAUUUUCAAAGAUGAAAACGUGGUGGUGUACCCCAUCGUCGACUUCCCUGAGCCCGCCAUCUCCUGGGCCUCGCGGCGCGCCAUCGCCGAGCACAGCGCGGCGUUUGCCAGCUCCUCCCGCAUCCUGCGGCAGCGUCAAACCGUCGAGCGAAUCCCCAUCACAGAAGUGCACUACCAGUACUCGGGGAAGCCUUACCUUUAUUACAUCUAUGGGCUCGAAAACAAGGUGUACGCGCUGGACUACCCUGAGAGGUGCUGCUGUGGCUGCACCAUCGUCUGAGCGCCCCGGGAGCGGGUGCUUUCCUGGCCUGCAGCACGGGGCUGUGAGCUGCAGUGAGGCCGUGCUGCCCCCAGACUGCCGGCAUCUCACAGCCCCGCCGGCCCCAGACCCCCUGCUGGGCGCAGGAUCAGGCCUUUGGGUAGAGAUUUCCCCGCUGCAUGCUUCCCUUCCUUGCUGUAACGCUGUGUCAUUAAAGCGAUGCCUAUUGACAGAGACAUUUUCAGUCCAGCCACGCCGUUUCUGACUGUCGCCUUUCUUUCCCUGUUUUAUUUAUCAGAUUUCCCGAGUUACUACAUGAUCCAUAAUGAUAUAUUUCAAAAUCUAUCCAGUUAUCAAAUCUAACUUCAAAGGAUUUCACUUUAAAAUACCCACUAACAUCAUCUGAUGGGCAGCUCUGCCGAUAUAGAAGUUACUGUGUGAGGACAAAGGGCUCUUGCAGCCUGGGCUGCACGCGGUGCUGGGGGCAGCACCUGUGGGGGGCCCCAUCCAGCAGUGCCAUUGCCUCAGGUGCUGGCAGGAGCCAGUUCUGCCAGGGCUUCUCAUCCUUCUUUUUCUUUUUUAGCACUCACCUUGCAACGUUUCUCUUACAAAAGCCUGCAGGAGAACUGCAGAUCGCUCUGGGUUUAAGGCUAAAUCCAGCACUUGUUUGCAGCGUAAAGCUGGAGAAGAUAAAGCAAACAGACCCUUGAAAAGUUCAGAAAUGUGCAAGGAAACAGAAAGGCACCAACACUUAUAGUUAAAAAGAAACCAAGCAACCCCCUUCUCCUCCUCCAUGAUUUUUUCAAAGUUUUCGUGCUGUUUUGGGGCUUAAUGGAGGUUUUUUGUGUGGGUGGCAGUGGCAGACCCCAACAGAUUGCUGCAUCAGAUGGGGGUGUGCUGCCUGCAUCCUGGCACUCUUGUUGUCUGUCACUGAGCUGACAGUUGAAUUAGUACCUUAUCACAGCAAAUCAGCAUGGGAAAAACACACUGAAGUUCUGGGAAUCUUGUAAAAGAUAAAGACCCACACUGUCAGCUUGAAUGGGGACUGUGAAGGAGGAGAGGAAUGCAAGGAAGACUGGGGAAAGGCAUUUAACAGCUGACAGAUUUUAAAACAAGUGAGUUGAAAAUUACUUUGUAAAAGAAGUGUUUUCUAAUGCUGUUUCGAAAAGAAAAGAAAAAAGUUGGUUCUGGUAAUGUGCAAACAGAGGGAAUGAGUGUGCGAGGGGGAGAAGAGCUUUCCUGGUUUUGCCAUGGGGGGAGAGAUGUGCAGCUGCAGCUGUGCAAACACUCGCCUGCUGUGGCCCCCAUGCAGGUGAUGCUGCCCUAUGCCAGCCCCAUGCAGGCGGUGCGAUGCUGCCCCACACUGUCCCCAGCCAUGGGGCUGCCCCGGGUGGCUCUGCACCCCAAGCUGUGCGCAGGGGGGUGCCAGCCCCGAGCUGGUGCCAGCCCCUUGCAGACCCACUUUUACCACGGGAUUUUGCAAGCACCGCAAUGCAGGCAUGCUCGGGAGGAGCUGCGGGGACAGCGUUUUAAAGCAAACCUUUUCUGUCUCCUUCUGCCUCGCCGCAGUCCCUCAGUUUUGCUUUGCUCCCCUGGGGUGGGAAGUGUUGGUAGGCUGCGUAUGCAGUCUGGGGCAGGUUUUGAAAGGGGGCUUGAGCAUACUGGUAGUACAACUGAACACAUGGCACUUUGUGUAUCGCUGCCAUUAACUGCAAAUGGGACCUUGUGCUCGCGUAAAACAAGCCGCACGAAGCACGGCAGAUGCACCACAUCUGCACGCCUCCCUCUAAGGGACUGCGCAGCGCUGGUAUUGCUCUGCAGGGGCCUCCUCUGCUGCUGCUGAUAGCUCUGCAGCAAAAGCAAACACAGGCACUAAUGGCCUUGUUAUUAAACCACACAUUUAAUAGGUUUUUGGUUCUUGUGUGUGUGUGUCUAACUCUGGACUGGCUCCUUACCCAUGACAAGC